AUGACCCUGAAUUCUUACCUUUUCAAAGAUGAGAAAGAAGAAAAUUCCAAACCCAUUGGUCGUUACCCUAUUCCCUAUAAGAAGGACCUGCCCUUUGACAUCGUAGAGCUCAUGGAGGAGAUGGAAAGAAAGAUAGGAUUUUUACCAAAUGUAUUUAAAGUGUUGUCUUACCGGCCUUUGGAAUUCAGAGCUUUCUUUGCUUACUACAAUGCCAUCUAUAAUAAAGAAACAGGUCGGCUCAGCAAAGCUGACAAGGAACUCAUCAUCAUAGUGACCAGCCUGGGUGACAAGUGCCUAUACAGCGUUGUUGUCCACAGCGCCAUGUACAGGGUCUACUCAAAGAACCCAGGACUCUCUGACCAGGUCUGUAUAAACUGGAGAAAGUCUGACCUCCCUGCUCGAGAAAAAGCCAUGAUAGAGUUUGCACUUGCUGUUUCCCAAGCUGAUGACAUAACAGAUGACCAUUUCAAAAAGCUUGAAGUGCAUGGCUUCAGUAGAGAAGAUGCCUGGGACAUAGCUACCAUCACAGCUUUCUACGCUAUGGCCAACCGCCUUGUUCACUUUAUCGACAUCAUUCCUAACAAGGGGUACUAUUCACUGGGCAGAGACAAGGAUGCUAAACAGACAGAGAAGGAACUUACUGCUCCGAAAGGAUAA